AUGGAAGAAGAUCACGAUGAGAGGUCUCCUCUAAGGUCAAAAGAGGUAACCCCGAAAACUAGUGCAAGAUGGACUUUUUGGUUGGUUUAUUCGACAGUAAUUUGUAUUGGAGGCUCUUCUUUUCAAUUUGUAUACAAUACAUCAUGUAUAAAUUCGCCAGAAAAGGUAAUAAAAGAGUUCUAUAGAAAACAUGGACGGUUUACUGACUUUGAAUGGGCAGUCGCUGUGUCCAUUUACGCUGUGGGGGGUAUGCUUGGGGCUAUAGUUGGACCAUUCCUAGCUAAUCGAUAUGGAAGGAAAAGGUCGUUGCUUGGCAACAACAUUGUUGCAUUUCUUGGUGUAUUGUUUAUGUUCCUGUCGUAUGAAACAAAGAUUGCUGCACUUUUGAUGGUGGGAAGAUUUGUUAUUGGGAUUAAUGCCGGCAUCAAUACAGGUGUGGUACCAAUGUACCUAUCAGAGAUAGCACCAAUACCACUGAGAGGUGCUUUAGGUACUUUGAACCAGUUUGGCAUUGUAACUGGUAUCUUGGUUGGAUUCGUAUUUGGACUUAAAGAGGUCCUAGGAAAUUCCAAAGGCUGGCCGUUAUUGAUCUGUUUCAGCGUCAUACCAGCAAUUAUCCAGUUAGUGACUCUACCAUGGUGUCCGUCAAGUCCACGAUACUUACUUCUAAGACUGAAYGAAGAGGCAGCAGCGGUCUCUGCUCUUCAAGUACUGCGUGGCACAACAGAUGUUUCUGAAGACAUUGCAGAAAUGAGAGAGGARCAAGAAGCAGCUCUUUURGAGCAAGACRUACCUAUCACACGUCUGUUUACAAGGAAUGAUCUUCGUACUCCAUUAUUGAUAGCUGUGGUAUUACAAUGCUCUCAACAGCUKAGUGGCAUCAAUGCAGUAUUUUAUUAUUCUACCUCAACGUUUGAAACUGCUAAUGUUCCUGGAAGUCAAUAUGCUACAGUAGCAGUUGGUAUAGUCAGCAUUGUAAUGACAGGACUUACUGUCAAGCUGGUAGAGCAGUUUGGUAGAAGACCUUUAAUGCUCCUGGGUUUGGGUGGAAUGAUUGUAUUUUAUGUUGUAAUGACUAUUGCAUUUAAAUAUCAGAACCUCAAAGCCAUGGGAUACAUUGCAAUCGUUGCAACGCUUCUGCUUGUGUCAUUCUUCCAAUUGGGGCCUGGUCCAAUACCAUGGUUUAUUACCGCCGAGUUGUUUACCCAAGGUCCAAGACCCAAAGCAUGUGCUGUUGCAGCCACAGUAAACUGGUUUACAAACUUUCUUGUUGGAGUUGGCUUUCCACCCAUGCAGGUAUCAAUUUUGUCUGUCUGUCCAUCUGUGCCUCUAUCAAUUUUGUCUGUCUUGUUGUGA